CACAUUUUGACACCAUUUCCAGUUUUCCUAGAGAGAGCAGCUCUGUACAACGUUUCCGAUUCUGCCCUCAGCCAUUUCGGAAACACCGAGCCUGUGCUCCUCCCAUGGCUCCAGCCACGUCUUCCUCCUCCUCGGCUAAGCGGCUCAUCCGCUUCAGUGGCUCUCUCCGCCGCACGGAGGCGCCGCGCCGGCCGUCGCCGUCGCCGCCGCCGAAGAAGCUCAAGCCGAUGGUGGAGGUAAUGGAGAAGGCUCGGCAUGCCGUGGUGGAGCGCGUCGACUACAGCGACGUGAGCUGCCAGCAAUGCGGCUCCGGCGACAGCGCCGACGAGCUUCUCCUCUGCGACAAGUGCGACAAAGGCUUCCAUAUGAAAUGCCUACGACCGAUCGUCGUCAGAGUCCCCAUCGGAUCAUGGCUUUGCCCCAAGUGCUCCGGUCGCAGAAGAGUAAGAAGUUUCUCUCAGAAGAAGAUAAUCGAUUUCUUUCGGAUUCAGAAGUGUACUGAUAAGAAAAACAAGUUUUCGUCUCCUCAAGAUUCUAGAAAGCGUAGGAGACGUUCAGGAUCAUUGGUGUUACAAAAGAAAAGAAGGAGACUUUUACCAUUUGUUCCAACAGAAGAUCCAGCCCAAAGGCUGAAACAAAUGGGUUCUCUUGCUUCUGCCUUGACAGCACUGCACAUGGAAUUCAGUGAUGAUCUCUCUUACAUGCCUGGCAUGGCGCCUAGGUCAGCCAACCAGGCCAAGAUUGAAAACGGUGGAAUGCAGGUCCUUUCCAAAGAAGAUACUGACACCUUGGAACAGUGCAGUGCUAUGUGUAAAAAAGGCGAAUGGGCUCCCCUUAUUGUAGUUUUUGAUUCAUGUGAAGGUUAUACCGUGGAGGCUGAUGGCCCGAUUAAGGAUAUGACGUUUAUCGCUGAGUACACGGGUGAUGUAGAUUAUAUUAAAAACCGGGAACAUGAUGAUUGUGAUAGUAUGAUGACCCUUCUCUUGGCAAACGACCCAUCUAAAAGUCUGGUCAUCUGUCCUGAUAAACGUGGGAACAUUGUGCGCUUUAUCAAUGGCAUUAACAAUCACACUCUGGAAGGUAGGAAGAAGCAGAAUUGUAAAUGUGUGAGAUACAGUGUUAAUGGUGAAUGCCGAGUCUUUUUGGUUGCUACUCGUGAUAUUGCAAAGGGCGAAAGGCUAUAUUACGAUUAUAAUGGAUAUGAGCAUGAAUACCCUACUCACCAUUUUGUCUGAGAUAUCAUACAGAUGUUGCUGUCUAACAAUCCUACACAAAUGGGAUGUAAUUUUGGAUCCCAAUAGAUCCUUUUCUUUUGCCAUUUUUUCAAAGCUUACUCAUUGUUUUUGCGGAGCAACAAUUCUUCUAAAAUUAGCCAUAGGCUAUUCAUUGUAAUUUUUGAUAUAGAGCUGGCCCAUUGUGUGGCCAUGAGAGAACUAGAGUAGCAAGGAAGAUUUUCCUUGAAAUGGGCAUAUGAAGAAAAUUAGAUGUCUGAGAAUUUUAUUUAAGAAAAAAAUCCUUUGUAAUACACUUUUCUAUGGAAGUGGUUACUUAUUAUUAUUA